GAGCUGGUAUUACUUAUUUAAACUCACUGUUUUCUGUUUUUAGAUUCGUCUGCAUUUAUCCUGCCUAUUUGAAUAACAAGAAGACAAUAGCAGAAGGAAGGAGGAUACCUAUUGACAAAGCUGUUGAAAAUCCCACGUCUACAGAAAUCCAAGAUGUAUGUGCAGCCGUUGGGUUCAACGUGCUAUUAGAGAAAAACAAGAUGUACCCUAGAGAGUGGAACAGAGACAUGCAGUACCGAGGUAGAGUACGAAUCCAGCUCAAACAAGAUGAUGGUAACCCAUGUUUACCUCAGUUCCCAACACGUAAAUCAGUGAUGCUGUAUGCUGCAGAAACCAUUCCCAAACUGAAAACAAGAACCCAGAAGAUGGGAGGUAGUGAUCAAAGUCUCCAGCAAGGAGAGGGAGGCAAGAAAGGUAAAGGGAAGAAAAAGAAAUGAGCUCAUAUCUGGAAUAAUUUUUACAUCACGUAGUUGUACUUACGACAAAUGUGGAUGGACACAUUACUUGCUGCAACUUUGAAGUGAAAGAUAGAAGCAAGAAAUAAACAAGUGAAGCUGAACAGAACUGCCUGCUUUUCUCAGAACUGGAAUGCAUGUAGCUGCCUCGCAUCUGUGUAACAAUAAAUGUCUUCGCACACAA